AUGAGCUCAAAAAAGUAUCUCCCAAAAUAUGCCCUCUGCUUGAUUCUAUACAUCUCAAUCUGCCUUUUACUGCUUCUAAUCAAGAUUAAUCAUUCGUCUCGUGAAAAAUCGGUGGCCCACGAGUUGAGCAAUUUGAGUUAUCCCGUGACGUUGAGUGGCAUUUCGAUAGAAUCCUACGAUACGUCAAUCGAUGCCCAGGCCAUUGAAUCGUCUCUCCAGCGUAUCGCCGAUGUUUGUGAAAAAUAUAAUAAAAUAUCAAGUUUGGAGAGGAAACAUUUUUUUCAUGCUCCAUCACACAGUGCGCUAUUCUGCUGGAUUCGAAAAGUUGCGUCGACGAGUUUCACGAAAAUGUUCGCGGAACUUCGGGGAAUCCAGAUGCAGAGGAAUUAUUACAAGGCAAGUGAAGUAUUAUCCCCCGAGAGUGUGGAAGAAUUGCUAAACCUCAUAGACGACAUGGGAGUAUUUAAAUUCCUAGCAGUCCGUCAUCCCUUCGAGCGCCUGGUCUCCUCCUACAGAAGUAGAAUCGCGGAUAACUCCAAGUACAGUGCCCAGGCCUGGACAUUCGUCCCCCGGAUAUUCUCCCUAACCCGUCCCGAGCUCUUCCAUUUCAACGAAACAAUUCAAAGUCCAAUGCAGCAAAUAUUCCACAACAAUAGAAGAUUGAAACUUGUGCCAACAUUCGAGGAGUUUGUGCUGUGGCUGCUGAAACAAUCGGACGAGAAUGACGACGAACACUGGAGUCCCUACCACUCCCACUGUUCAAUAUGUCAAAUGCAUUUUGAUUAUGUUCUAAAAGUUGAUGAUGAAUUGAUUCACGAGUUCCACACUAUUUUAACAAAACUCAAUCCCAAAGGCAAGAGAUGGAACUUGAUGAAACUGGGACAAACACGUGGGGGCUCAACGAAUUUCAAACGUACUUGCAAUUAUUUAUCGACAUUGACUCCCGAUACGAUAGAGAAAUUGUACGAACGAUACAGGAUUGACUUUGACAUGUUUGAUUACAGCCUGAGGCUGGCUAAUAUUUCAUGAAAAACAGAUGAAAAUAUUUCGAGUAAUGAUGCAAGCCCGUUAUACGGAAAACUGUAUCCAAUUUAAUUAUUU